CAUCACGACCUCCACCUCUGGCUGUGUGCUCUGCAGAGACCUCGUUGGCUGACAGCAGUGUACGUCACAACCUCUAUCGGCUCCAGUAUACCCUCCUCAAGCCUCUGGCGGUCACACGGUCGUAAGUCUAAGUAGCAGCAACUGUUGCCCGGAUUAAACCAUUCAGCAUCCACAUCCCACAUAGUGUGACACAGCGGAGUGAGACGGCUCAUCGAGCGCAAAGCGUCAAGCGAGAGGAGAGGUGGAACACUUACGCACAGCCUUUUUAGUUUGGAUUGUUUUGGCGCGUCUUUAAAGUCAGCUUUGGAUGGUUUUGAACUGCAUUUUUUUCUGCAGUGUUUGCCUUUUGGAUUUAGAUUUUGUUUUUAUCCCAGCACUUAAAUGUCAACUCUAACUAUGACUUCCUUGCGUCUGAUCCUGUUGAUGCUGAGCUAUUUCCUGGGUGCUGCAUCGGUUAGGAACCUGAAAGGGGGCUCCUGGAGCGCACAGGACAGUGGCUUUGUCCAGUCCUCGUUGGACCCGUUCUCAGAUGACCUGGUCUCAAGGCAUAUGUCCAAACUGUACGAGAGGUACAACAGAGAAAAUCGCCUCAGAGAGGGAAACACUGUCAGGAGUUUCAGAGCCAGCCAAGACACUUCCAGUCACAGAAUGGUGUAUCGACUAAACCUUACCACCCUCCAGGAUUCAGAGGUCAUCCUCUCUGCCACAUUCCACUUUCUGCUUGAUCGGAGCCCUCAUCAAAAACCCUGGUUCUGUAAACGGUUCAAGAGCCCAUCCUGUCGUUUCUCCGCCAUGCUCCCUUCUCCGUCCAUCAGCCUACUGUUUCGCUCUGUCUCCUCCAAGUCAGAGGUCAGAUCUGGGUCAGCAGGGUCAUUUUUAGGCAAUGUGACCUUCCACCCCCACAGGAGAGGGGUGUGGCAGAUGAAAGAUGUGACCCAGCCCAUAAAAGAAGCACAGGACAGGGGUCAUCUCAAGGUAUCAGUGGAGAUGGACUUAGGUCAGCUGUACCAGAGGAAAGCAGAGGAGGCACUGCCCGCUGGCAGCCUGCCCUACCUGUUACUGUACGCUAAUGACCAAGCCCUGGCAGAGCCCAACAGUGUGGCUGCAAGCCUUCAGAGAUAUGACCCGUUCAACGAGAAAGGAGAGCCCUUGCAUUCCUCUCAGGCCACUCAGCUCCUGCACAAACCAAACUCUUCACCAGAAUCAAAAGAACGCAAGAAAAGAGAGGCAGCACUGCUCUCUAACUCCAUCCAGAACAAUGAGCUGCCUGAGGUCGAAUACAGUCCUGAUGUAUAUAGGAAGGAUGACCUCUGGGAGAGCUCAUGGUACCUGGCACUCAAACCCAAGCCUAAAUCAGGAAGUAAGGAAAAGAAGAGAAAGAGCCAGAAGAAAGAAGGAGUGGAGGAAAGAAGAGAAGCACAUGAUAGAGAAGAACCUCUGGAUCUCAACAGAGGAGAAAGAACCUCACAGGGCCUCAAACCUGAUGAUUCAUCUGUGAAACAACUCAAAGACAUUCGCAUGCUGACUCUCAGUGAUGCACGAAAGCAUGAUCGGAGAAAUGAGGGAAAGAAUGGAAAAAAGCACAAAGGCAACACUGACAACCAGUCACCUGUUCUGAGUUUUGAUGAACAAACAAUGCGUAAGGCCAGGAGGAGGCAAUGGGGCGACACCCAACAUAGAGGCUGCUCCAGGAGGAACCUCAGAGUGGAUUUUGCAGACAUUGGCUGGAGCGAGUGGGUCAUAGCACCCAAGGCCUUCGAUGCCUACUACUGUGUUGGCACAUGUGGAUUUCCCCUGCCCAAGAUGACAAGACCGUCUAACCACGCCACCAUCCAGAGCAUAGUCCGAGCCGUAGGGAUCAUCUCUGGGGUUCCUGAGCCCUGCUGUGUCCCAGAAACGAUGAGUCCUCUGGCUGUGCUCUACCAGGAUGAAUCCAGGAACCCAGUGCUCAAGGUUUACCCUAAUAUGUCAGUCCAGUCCUGCUCCUGCAGAUAGGAAGGGGAGGACAAAACAGGGUGGAUGUUGAGAAAAAUAGAAAACAGGACUAAUGGAGACAUAACCACACGUCUGUUUAAUAAGUGGUUUCUUGACGCUGCAAAACAAAGUCACUUUGGCUGUCGUUAUUCCUUGGGGAACACAGACUGUAGAGAAAUCACUUCCAUCUCUUCUGUCCUGCGGCAGCAGACCUGAAGAGACACACUGUCUGGCAUCUGACUUGGCAAGAGGAGCAGAGGCGCACAUGUAAAGUCAGGGCUCCACAUGUCUAAGGAGCCCAGUUGUUUUGAUUCUGUGGUUGAGAUUAUAUUGAGGAUUUCAUGAACGGGAGCAUAAAGGGAUGUUUUCCUGUUAUCUCAGAUUGUACGCCUACUGUUUCUUUCUUCCUCUUCUUCUUCUUUUUAUUUUUCAGACAGCUCACGAUGAGUUGUUUUUGGACACAAAAGAUACAAAUAAAAGACUAUCAAUGUGUCAUGGGGCAGCAACAUGCAAAGUAUAUGAAACACAUUUCUACAUUUUUGUGUACUUUGUACAGCUGUUUUUACUUCGAAGCUAAUCACAUGCCACAUUGUACAUACAUACAACAUUAAUGUGUUUGCAAGACAGGAAGGUUAUUGCACAUUCUUGCUCUGUGCAUCUAAAGAAGAAAGAAUCCAGUGAACUGUGGAGAGCAUCUGGAAUUUAUUUUCACCCACUACCCCUCAUAACACUUCAAGAAUGUCAUAACGAAACCAGAAAUAUUUUUCUAUUUUGAAUGUGAACCUUGGUUAAGAAUAAUUUGUCACGCUUACUAGUAUUGUUAUAUUGUAGACAAGGUGAUGUUUUGUACAUGUGUAUUGUUUAAAUUAUGAAAAGGUAGCCUUCUAUACGUUAGAAUAAAACCGUAAUUUAAUCCAGUCCUCUCAUUGGAAUAUUAUUGUUUCAUGCCAUUUGAGUUAGUCUUUGAUUCAUGGGGGAGCUUUUUGUGUGUUAAAAUAAACCUAAAAGGGCACCGCUGUUCCAAAAUAACUUUGUACAAAGGCAAGGAAGGUCCCACUCACAGAUGGUCAGCAUUCUCCUAAAAUCCUUUGAAUCUGUUAUUACCCUUCACCAAAGGCUCUGGUGUCUGUUGUCCAGCAAAUAAUGUGCUCAAUGAAGCUGCAGUGGAUUCAUGGUUGAUGGAGGAAGCAGACACACACCUACAGGACAUCAGCCACUUGAACUUAAAAACAUGGUGCACCUCUUUGUUUUUUGACCUGUCCCUAACAGAUUAUCUCAACCACUUUAACUCAACUGCUUGUCACUUUUAUGAGGAAGAAGCUGGUGACUCGUGUAAGUCUAAGAGUCUAAGCAGUGUGUCAAACUGACAGUGAAAUGAGAGAGGGAAGCUUUUGAUUAUUAACCCAUUACUGUGGUUGUUCUGCCUUGAGUGUGUUUGCAACAACAUCAUGAGU